AGGCGCAGUACUCAGUAGUGAUGCACUGUGGGAUAGCAUAAUGUCGACAUAGCAACCAGGCGACAGAGCCACCAAACUACUUUUCCUCCCCCGUUUCGGAUUUGUUUUGCUGGGCUUUUCUGUGUUUAAGUUGCUUUGCUUUGCUCUUGACUGGUGUCAUGAACGCGGCGGUGGUGAAAAAGACCCAGGACUCGCUGGGCAAAGUGAUAAGGAAACCGCCGCUGACGGACAAACUGCUAAACAAGCCUCCGUUUCGUUACCUCCACGACAUCUUCAGUGAGGUCAUCAGGGCCACUGGUUUUAUGAAAGGCCUGUAUGGAGAGAAUGAGAUGAAGUCAGAUAAUGUUAAGGAUAAGGAUUCCAAGAUAGCCUUCCUCCAGAAAGCCAUAGAUGUCGUAAUGCUGGUGAUGAGCGAGCCCUUGGCAGCCAAGCCAGCACGUAUCGUGGCCGGCCAGGAGCCAGAGAAAACCAAUGAGCUGCUGCAGGCCAUCGCCAGGUGCUGCCUCAACAAGUUGUCCAGUGACGAUGCAGUUAAGCGAGUACUUGCAGGGGAAAAGGUGGACAUUAAGACCAAAGCCAGCACCUCCAGGUCCCAGGACAAGGAGAACAGGGAAGGACGUGAGCGUCAUUUGGACAAAGACGAAAAGAAAAAGAUAACGGAGCGCAGUGGAAGUCGUGACCAGAAGGACCCAGACCAGCCUAAAGAGCAGGAGAGUCAGCACAGAGACAGAGAAAAAGAGCACCAACGGGACAGGGAGCGCUCUGACAAACGCCACCGCAGUGAACAGGAUCGCGACAAAGACAAGAGUCGAGACCGGGAAAGAGAGCGAGACAAAGGACGAGCCAAAGACAAGGUGAAGGACCGAGAGAGGGACAGAGAACGAGAAACGGACAAGGAGAAGGGUAAAGAGCGAGACAAGACAAAGGAGAGGGAUUCCCGCAAAGAUGUGGAAAGAGACAAGGAAAAACGAAGAGACAAAGAGCGAGAGAAAGACAGAGAGCGUCACAAAGAGGGGGAAGAGAGGAACAAAAUUAUGGAGAAUGGCAAUAACAAGACCAAAGUAUCAGAGGAACCAGAGCAAAAACCCAGCUCCCAGGAGCCCAGCACAACAGCCAAACCUGAUCAAAAACCAACAGAAGAGCCUGCAGAAGCAGUUGAAAACCAGUCACUGUCCGACAGUCCUGCUAGAAUACCUCGACCUUCAUCUGCCAAAGGGCAGAGGCGGAAACCCAAAAUUGGAGGCCAAGAUGAAUCUGACAGUGAGGGAGAUGGAGAUGCACCGUUAGCAGAUGUUUCAGGCUUCUCCGUGCCAUCUGACAUGGCUUCGAGCAACAGACGGAUGGCGCGACCUAGCAGUGCUCGCCCUGCACCUCCUCGAGUCAAGAGACAGGAGAGUUACACUGAUGGGACCACAGCGGAGAGAUUGUCUAGUGCCAAGCCGCCAGCACCGGUUAUCAUAGAUGGGAAGAAGCUGUCAGAGGAUGAAGAUGAGCAAUUUCUUGUGGAGGAGGCUGCAGCUCCUCCCUCAGAAGCUCCUGAGAUGGAAAUGGAUCCUGCACGAGAGCUCGACGGCGAAGAGAAACAUGGUGGUCUUGUGAAAAAGAUCCUUGAGACCAAGAAAGACUAUGAACUGUCACCAUCCUCCCCCAAAUCUAAACAGCAGAAAUGGGUGUCUGAAGCAGCGAGGAAGGAGGAGCGGGACAUUGUGAUAAGGGACAUUGAGCGCGUGCGCUCGUCCAUCCAGACUGUGUGCCGAAACUCCCUGCCUUUGGGUAAGAUCAUGGACUAUUUCCAGGAGGACAGGGACGCCAUGCAGGCCGAAUGGUACACAUGGCAACAGGAGAACAAGGAGCUCGCCCAGGCCUUGUUGGAGGAACAGAGAGCCACAGACCUGGCUUUGGACCCUCUCAAAGCAGAACUGGCUGAGCUGGAACAGCAGAUCAAGGACCAGCAGGACAAGAUUUGUGCUGUAAGAUUCAACAUACUGAAGAAUGAAGAGAAGAUCCAGAAGAUGGUGACGGGAAUCAACUCUUUCAAAACCUGAAGUGAGAAACAACGUCUAAAGAACAGAAAAAAAAGAAACACUUUUAUAAAUGCACUGAAGUCUAUUGUAGUCGUGAACAGAUUGUCUUAGAGAGAGAGAUCAUGAGGGAUGAGACCAAACUUUGAUAUUUGAACAGGAAGUGGACUUAGACAGAUGACUAUAUGGAUAAAUUAAACUGAUCUUCCUGCUCUGCACACCACCCUAACCCCAGCAGUUCCUCCUCUUCUGUAACGGUGCCUUUGUAGAUUGAGCCAUUGCUCAGCUCACGAGAGUUGGACCAAAUUAUUGCAUUUGAUGCUUGACAUUGCCACACAUUCAGAUAUGAUUAGGUAUUAAUCAGGUUUCAAAAUGUACUUCCACAUUUUCAAUAAUAAUAAUGAUGAUAAUAAUAAUAAUAAUAAUAAUAAUAAU